CAUGUGCAAUGCAAGGAUCCACGUUCGGCAGAACUCUACGUGAUCGAGCCUGAUCCUUGGGUCAUCAUCUCGGCUUAUGACUAGCCUGCCGGUGCAUCUGUAUUUAUGCAUAGACUAUUAGAAGCACUGCUGCUUAGAGGUUGAUGUUAGAGAGGUAACGACAAUUCCAACAGAAGCCCUGACCCAACGUUAUCCGCAAGAUAUCAGCCCCGAAGAAGUCGUAAGAGAGGAUGAAGAUGGGCGAACUCUAAAGUGCUAGCAGGAAUAAGGAAUUCCCAUGGAUAGCUGGUUAGUUGUGCAAUACAUAAACUUGGUGUAAGCGGACCAGCAGACGACGCCCCGAAAAACCGCUGUCAGGUCAUAAUUUAACAAGCUUAGUUCUUACCUUCUGAAAUCUUGGAAAUCAGCGCUCGCGGCGGAGGCCGCUGAGCCACGUCUUGCAGAGCCCUUGAACAUGGACGCCGUUUUAUCCCGCUCCACAACCAAGCCAUUCCAUGGAAUGGUUAUGCCCUGUCAUCGUCGUGGAUCAGCUUGUUUUGCCGCGGCUUCGGGGCGUCGAACACUCGGUUUAGCAUGGCAUCCAUCGGCAUCGCUCGUGGCGUCCCUGCGCGAACGGCAGCCAGCGUGUCCAGUGCCCCAUGCUGUUCCUAGCAGCUUAUCGACGAAGCCGCGCUUGACCUACGUUGGACAAGCUGUAUCAGGCGCCGGUGAUGGGCUCAGCCACGACAAAACGUUGUACGGCAGCCGAAUAGAGGAGGCCGCGGGCGGUGUGCUGCGCCCUCCCCCCAUCAGCCGCCCCGAUGCCGACUUCGAGUCGCAGCUGGGGGUGCAGUUCGUGGAGGGGCGCGAGGGCAUCGUGGUGACGGAGCUCAACGAGCUGUUCGAAAAGGUUGGCUUCCCCCGCCGCGACCCCGAGCGGCUGCGGGUGGCACUGGAGAACACCUACCACAUCAUCUGGGUGCGGGCGACGCGGACGACAAGGCUGGCGAAACAGGGCCAGAUGGUGGGUUUCGCGCGCGCCACCAGCGACGGCGUGCUGUCCGCCACUGUGUGGGAUGUGGCGGUGAGCCCCGCCUGGCAGCGCUCGGGACUGGGGCGGGCGCUCAUGGAGCGGCUGACCAAGAAGCUGGUUGAGGACGGCAUCCCCACCGUCACCCUGUAUGCGGAACCGCAGGUGGUUACGAUGUACGAGAAGUUGGGUUACGUGCGAGACCCCGAGGGCAUCCGCGGUAUGGCCUUCCAGCGCCGGCGGAAGGAGAAGGCGGGUGGGCUGCUAGCCAGGGUGGCGUGAUGACCCAUGGGUCAAGACAACCCCCGCCGGCUUCCAGGCGGACUUGUUCGCCAAUGUGAGUGCAUGAUGAGGCGGCAGGAGACCCAUGGGACGCGGAACACCCAUUGAUGACCCACGGGUCGCGACAGGGCUUGUCCCGGCCGAGGGCAGUGUCGAUGCGGUGCUACCGGACUCAGACGUGGGACCCCCUUCACCAUUAAGUGGCAGGGAGGGAGCUCCCACAGUCGCCUGUGUUUUUGAAAUGAUGUCUGGUCAUGCUUUUCAGUGAGUGUGUUUCGUUGGAGAGGUUGGGAGAGGCUUUUUGAGGGUAAGGGCGCCGCAGGAAUAGGCGCGCUGCAAUUUUCCCAGUGGGUCGAGCAUAAGGCGACGUGAGCAGCAGGUGAUGUGAGAUGAUGUGAGGUGCGGUGUGUUGCAAGCGACAGGCGGCGAUUGGUGCGGUUUUGUGCGUAGCAGCUUGCAUGGCUAGGAACAGGCGAAGGCGAAAGAGAGGCGGCCAGUACAAGAGAGGGGAGAGCGUAAGGUGUUUGAACACGAGAAGGAUGGCGCGCCAGAGGGAACGCAGUAGAUGUUGUUAAGCUCACCGCAUGUCUACAUUUGUGUGGAGAGGGCUACGAGAGGGCCAAAGAGGAAGAGACUGGCCAACCGUGUGACAUAUGGUUCCACCGUGGGUUGUUUUCUGUGGGGAGGGGGCUGGCGCUUCCCAUUUUCGGGUGUGUAAGGAGGGUGUGGAUUAGAGGGUAGGCAUGGCAACUUUGGCAAGAGUGUGGCUUGCUGGUUUGCGAGAGCAGCGUUUGUCGACAGCAGGGGAGCGAGGAGAGGUGAGAGCACAUUUGGGGCAGCAACAGCACUGGGAGGAGGGGUACGUCCCUCUGCUCCUCCUCCUGGAGUUACAAGGCGGCGUGUUCUUCGUCGUACGCAGUGGUGGUGCUGCACACUUGGACGAGUGUUCCGUACAAUGAUGUUACAGGUGUUACAAACAAACCCACUGGCUGCCAAGCGAGCGGAACAAGCAGUUGUGAUAAGGUAACUGGCAGGUGUGCAAAUGUGUGUGUGGGAGUGUCAGGUGGGCCCUGCACAGCCGCGUGCUGCCGGAAGGCGCUGCUGUGGCUACUGCGGACACAGGGACUGGGUGUGAGUGAUAGGUUGACCCGACUGUGUUUACCAUGUACAGUCUGCAUCUGUACGGCAGUGGAGGCGGUGAUGGUGCCCAAGCCAUGACGGCAUGUUGGUGGCCAUGACGGUGGUGGAGGUGGUGGUGGUGGAGGUGGCGGUGGAGGGAGAGCUGCGGAUAGACCCGGGUUACCCCUGAUGGGAAUAACGUGUGAGGACAUGCGCGCAUGAGGGCUUUGCGGUUCCAUGUGUCGCAAUCAGCGUUGUGCGCGAUGCGGGCUUGAGUGCCACAUGUUGGAGCAGGUUUGGGGCAGCUAAGGGGGGCUGGGGGGGUUUGGCAUUGGCACAGAAAGGCUAUUUGUCACGCAGCAUGCAUCUGUCGGGCCGUGAAAAUGGUGGGCAUGCCAUGACAGCCUGUGUAUUGGCACCACACACUGAGCAGGAGCGCAUGUCGGGAGCUCAGAAUGGUAUCCAUGGCUUUGGCAUAGCUUCUCGCGGAUGCUGCCUCGCACGCUCUGUGUUAUUAGGCUGCAUGACCUAUGACUGUAUUAAAAUGUAUAAUACGCGCAAACCAUUCGACUCAGCAAUAUGUGGGCCGUUCCUUAGGCUGCUUACUAGUAACGCUAACGUUGCCCUUCAUGGGUGUGGUUUGGAGGUUGCCUGGCGAUGAAGAGUGUCAACUCCGUUACCAUACGACGGCUACUCAACAAAAUGCGGACUAUAUACAAUGUCUGCAGUACAACACGCUGUUACACGACAGCCUACCGGCUACAGGCUACCAGGGCAUGCCUUACACACGCGGCGAGGCGAGCGUUGCGAGGGAAGGUGCACCGCAAGCGGCGGAGGCGCAUGCCGCACGGCAGCACCGGUGCCGCAGCCGCCAGUGCCGGUGCCGCCGGUGCGCUGCGAGCUGUAGGUGUGCGGUAACCCCAGGUGCGGAAAGCACAGCGGUGCAUACGAGGGCGACCUGCGGCUGCGCAGGUGCGGCGGCUGUCGUGCCGUACGCUACUGCCGCUUGACGUGCCAUAAGCCGCGUUGAGAGCAGGGCGGGCACAGGGCUGACUGUCAGGCGGGUUGGGAGCCGCGCAGCAGCAGGGCGGGUCGCACAGGGGGGGAAACACCGUGAGGGAAACCGGG